AGUUCCUCCUCGCCGCUCUGGCUCGCCGCUGCGGCGCUCGCCGCGUGCCCCGCACUCGAGCUCGCUUGGCUGCUGCUCGCGCACGGCCUCACCGUCAAGGGGCUGCUCGCGCUUCUGCACGAGACACCGACGGCGCUGCAGCGCGGCGGCAGCUUGCCCGACCUCUCUCUCCUCCCGCCGGUCGCGGUGUCGCUGCUCUGCCUCCUCUCCGGCGGGCUGCUGCUGCUCUUCAAGGUCACCGUCGUGCCGAUCGACGAGCCGCCGCCGAGCCGUUUGACCGCCGCCUUCUUGCUCCUCUCGCGGCUGCUGCUCCUCCUCUCCCUCGCCGCCUCCGCCGCCUCCUCCUUCGUGCCAGCGCUCCCGAUCGCCGUGCUCGCCCUCAUUCUCUCCUCCUUCCGCGAGACUUCGCGCGGCGGCGGCGGCGGCGGCGGCGGAGGCGGCGGUGAGGGCGGCGAAGCCCCCCUUUUCCUGCUUUUCCUCCCCCUCGCCGCGGCCACCUUCCUCGCCCAGACCGCGUGGCUGCUGUGGCGCGGCCCGCCUCUCGACACGAGCACCCAGAGGAGGAGGCGAUGCUCCUGCUGCAGCGCUCCUCCGCCCUCGGCGCGCUUGUGCAGGGCGCUCCUCUUCCGCGGCUUGCUCGCGCAGGACCUCUCCGACGGCGAGACCGCCGCCGCCCUCUCCCCGGAGCAGGUGCAGCGCGCGCGCGAGGCUGCCGCGGCACUGCACUUGCUGCUGACGGCCGCCUCCACCCUCCUCCUGCCGCCGCUGGUCUGCCUCGGCGCGGUCCACCACGCGCGGCUGCGCAGGCUCAGCGACGAGUCCCCGUCGGGCCUCGUGGCGUCAUGAGGCCCAUGCACACCCAAGUGAGGCUUCCUAAGCCGUCUGGGACGCGUCGCGAGAGUCGGUAGAGUCGUACUCGCCCCCGCCCAAUACGCGCCUAGCGAGAGAGAAGCGAAAGCACUGCGGCGAGGGUGUGUGAUUGCGCGACUCAAUGUGCGCAUACCGGCCUUCAUGGUCCUUUGCGUGGUGGUGGGAGAGCGGUCUAGCGGUAGCGCGCUGACCCCUCUGCCGCGUCGGGUCACGCUCUUGCCUCUUGACCUGUCUCGCCCUCGUUUUGACUCUUGCCCCUACGUUCGGUGUGUAGUAGUAGUCGCGCGUGAAAGAAUAUUUAUGACGGG